AUGUCAGAAAAUCCAGAAAUCCUUAGUAACCUCCUGAACUAUUGUGAUCAACCGGAUAUUGAGGAUAAAACGGGUGCAACACCGAUGAUGUUUGCACUCGGUGUUAGUGGGGCCUGUUUAGAAAAAAUUAAAUUAUUAAUUGAAAAACAUGCAAGUAUAAAUAGAAAAGAUAAAACUGGUUGGAGUUUGUUGCAUGCAGCUGUUAGUUCAAAACGACGAGAUAUUCUUGAAUUGCUUUUAUCUAACGGCGGUGAUGUUCAUAUUAUUGAUGGAGACGGACGAUCUUUAUUGCAUAUUGCAUGUGAUAAUGGCGAUACUCUAUUGUCAAAAUUUUUAAUUGAAAAAGGUGUUUCACUGGCAAAUAUUGACAAAAAUGGUUGGACACCAUUUCAUGUUGCAUGUGGGCCAGCGGACGAUUAUGAACUUGUCCAUCAUUUGAUACAAGUUGGUGCCGAUCCGACAGUAAAAGAUAUUAACGGGCAUACACCUCUACAUUGGGCUAAACAAUUUAAAGCAAAAAAUGUUGAAAGAUAUUUAACAAAGUUUUUAAAUCAAAAUCUAGAUGUUAGUGAUGAAGAUGAAAACGAUAUAGAUUCAGAUUCUGACUUGGGAACAAUCAAUGGUGUUUAUGAGAGUGAUGUAUUUGAAUCAGAGCCAACAUCACAACGAAAUUCUUCGAAACGAAAUUCUUCAAAACGAAAUUCAUCUAAAAAACCAAUUGAAAAUAUUGAAUUGGCUGAUAUGAACAGUCGACGUGGUGUUUUGGCACCACAACGAUUUUCAGGAAAAAUUUUGAAAGUUUAA